AUGUAAAAUAUUGAUUAACAUAUCAAAUUUCUUUGUUCCAAAUUAGUUGGGGAAGAAAAUUUAAAAUGCCCAACCGAGAACAUCGAGUAUAGUUCUAAAGCUCAGGAGUACUUUAAAGAGAAAUUUCCUAUUGUUAUAUCAAAAGUGAAAUUCAAAUAACAAAAAAAUUAGUUUCAAGAAUUAUUAGAUGAUGAAGAUUUUUUAAUAUCUUAUAUGAAACUUUAUAGAUUGGAUAAUUCUCAUUAAAUAUUUAAUAAUGCUCUUUAAUGGUUAAUUAAUCACAUUAAUAAUCCAGAAAUAUUAUCAUUUGUGAUGGAUGAGAUUUCUAAAGAAUAUUAAUUUAAUGAAGAUUGGAGUGAAGAGACUAUUCCAAAAUUAAUUGAAUAAAUUAUGAAAGACUAUCAUGUAAGUGAUUUGAUUGAAAUUGUUGUGUUUAUUUUGAAAAAUACUAAUUUCAAUUUAGAAUUAAUUUUAAAACAAAUAACAGCCACUUUAAAAUUAGCUAAACCAAAGAAAUCUUAUUAAAAAAUAGAUGAUAUGCAUCCUUUAUUGAAUUUAAUUACUAAAAUAGUUUCAGUUUUUUCUCCAUCAUUGGAGUAAGUUUAAUAAACAUACAAUAUAAUUUUGGCUGCCUAUAGACAUUUUUUUAGAGAUUUAUUAAGAAAUUAUGUAACUUAAUCUUAAGUUUCAGCUGUAGGAGAUUUUCUUAUUUCAUUUAGUACUUAAAUUCCAGAAAAAAUAGAUUCAAUAUUUUGUUCAAGCUAAUUAAUCACUCUUUUUGUAAAUGAGAUUGCCAAUACAAUUAGUUAUUUAUAAUAUGAGAAAAAAUUAAUGUCUUAACAAAAAUUAAAAUUGUUAGAUUUAGUUAUUAAUUUAUAAAAUGCUGAUAAAUUAUUUUAAAUUAAUUUUUAUUUUAACUUUUAUGAUAUUAAAUAAUUACCAGAUGGAGACUGUUAUUUAUGUUAAUAUAAGAAUUAAAAAAUGUAUUAAUUAUUAGAAAUUGAAACUGAAAAGAAAGAAAUAUUAAUUUAAUGUUGUAAGGGAUGCUUUUUUACUCAAUUAUAAUUAAGCAAUAAUUAUGAAGAUUAAGUUUAUUUAUCUACUAUUACAUAUGGUCAUGCAUGUAAAACAAAAUGUAAUUGGAUGAAACUUUAUUAUGAAAAUUAUCUUAUUUCUUAAACUCUUUAUAAUGGAAAAUAAAAUAAAAAAUCAAAGUCAAUUAGCAUUUAAAAAUUAGAUGAAAUUUCAUAAUCUCUAGAAUAAAUGUGUAUCGAUUAUAAUCGAUUAUAAGACAUUCAUAUGUAUUUAUGGUAUUUCUCCUAUUUGAGUCUAUUGUUUUAGUAAUUAUUUUAAACAUAUUAAAAUAUUGAAUUGAUAUUAUUGGCUUUUUUUGAAGAUAACUCAAUUUAAGUCAGAGCAAAAGUACUUCAUUAAUUUGAAAAUUACUGUCUUAAGGUAGCAAAAAUGCAAAUUCCAAAAAGUUUCAGUAUUUUAUUGUUAUAAUACUAGAAUUUAGUUUAUUUAAUACUUAAAAUAUCUUAGACAGAAUGAAAUUAAGAGCAUAAGAUAUAUCUAAAUAAAUUAGAGCUAUGAUUGUGCUUUCUUUGUUAAAAUUAUGGAAAGAAUGUAAUAUUUCAUGUCUUGACAUAAUUAUUAAUAGAAUGCAAGAUAUUGAAAUUUCUGUUAGAACAAAAACAAUUAGAUAUUCAUUAGAUUAUAUUGAUUUAUUUAAAGAGUUACAAUCCAAUGAGCAAAUCAGAUUUUUCGAAGAAGUAUCUAAAAGAUUAGAAGAAAAAGGAGAAAUUGGAGAAAUGUCUGCUUAAUUAAUUCUUUUACUUUUAGCAACAGAUUCAAAAAAUAGAGAUUAAGAAAUUGCAGAUAAACUUUUAGAAUUAACAUUUGAAGCAAAUAAUUAUAAAAUAGACUAUGAUCGAAUAUAAAGCUUAAUCGAUAAAUUGUCUGAAAAUAAUAAAAUUAUUGAUAAAUAAGGAAUCUUACAUUUUUUUAUUUUAAGAUUAAUUCAGCUUUCAAAUGGCUGUGUUGAUGUUAAAGAAACCAAACAAUAGAUUUAUUAAAUAGAAAAUGUAUUAAAAUUAAUUUAAAUCAUAAUCAAUUAAAAAAACCAUACCUAAUAGUAAAUUUUCAUAAAAUAAAUUGAUAAUUUAAUGUAAAUUACAUCUUAUUUUUUGAAUAAAUAAGAAGAUACUCUCGAUACUCCUUUUGUGAAUAUAUUAAAUGGUUUAUUUAAAAUUUUAAUUUUUUGUCUUGAAGAUUUAAAUUCAAAUAGUAAAAAAAUCUAUGAUAAAAUUCCUUUUUAAUUAACAAAAAAAUUAAGUAAUUAACUUGAUUACUUAAUUAUUUUUAUAGAAAAGAUAAUAUAUAAAAUUCAUCCUAAAACAGCUUUUGUUAAGACUAUAUUCACUCUUUCUACUUUAUUAGAUUUAAGGUAUACAAAGAAAUAUGAAAAUAUAUAUUCUAAAUUUGAAAUAGUUAUGAAAUUAAUAUUAGUUAAAGCUGAAGAGAAUCCUGUUAGUUUUUAAUUUGGUUUAAUAGGGUUUUGUUAAAUUUUUGAUUAUUUUGAAUAUUUUAUAACAAAAACCACUAAAGAUAUAGAAUCAUUUUUAGAGUCGAUGUAGACUUUAUAUAAUAGCUUACUUGAAUUUUCAAAGGAAAAGGCUGCUUAAGAGGAGAUUAUUUUCACCUUAUCUAAAAUGUGGGAAAAACUUCCAUAAUUAAUGUUUGAAAGUAGUGAAUUCUUAAUAGAAAAUUUAAAAGAAAAUACUUUUUAAGAACCUAUAAUAAUAGCUAUUUAUUAAAUUUUUUAUGAAUCAAUUUUAGAAGCAAAUAGUUAGGCUUAAAAAUAAUAAUUUGGUUAAAUAGUUGAUAAAAGUUAACUUUCAUAUAUGAUUAAAGAUAUUUUUAAUGUAGUAUUUCAAAAGCAUAUUUUACAUCCAAAUAAAACUAUAAGAGUUUUAGUUUUAAAAUUGAUUGAAUUACUUUUUGAUAAUUAGUUAUCUAUUUCCCUUUAAUUUGGAGAUUAUUUAAUUGUAGCUUUGAUAAAUGAUGAAGAGAUUGCAGAACAAAUCUUAAAAAAAUGUAUUGAAGUUCGACCAGAACAUAUGAUAUUAUAAAUUCCUAAUGGAAUUAAAUUGAUGAUAUAAAAUUAUGCUUAACUUAAACCUUAUUUUACUGGAUUAGAUAAUUUAUUAAAAAAUUAUACAAUAUCAAAUAAUCAAGUUUUCAGUCAUUCUGUUCACUAUGAUUUAUGUGCUUAAAAAUUAAGUGAUUAUUUGUUAUAUUAAGAUGAAUCUUAUUUUUUAAAUAAGAUUGAUAGUAGAACAUAUUUCACAUAAGCUUAAUUUGUAUUAUAUUAAAUAAUUCAUUUAUAAUAUUUAUCAAAACAAGAAAUUAAAAUUAUUUUAAAGGCAUUACUAAAUAGAUUUGAUGAUUUUUUAAGUAGAAUUGAAAGAAAGCUGUAGUAAUUAAGUGUUGAAAAAGAUUAUUAGAUUAUAAAAGCAAUUCUUUUAAAAUUAUUUUAUGCUUAUUAAAUUGUAGUUAAGCCAGACUAAAUUUUUGGAGAAUCUAAUUAGACUUUAAGAUAGAUUUACCAUAUGAAAGUUAUGAAAAGAAAAUCUUUGAAAAGAUAAAGUAAAAAGAUGUUAAAAGAAAUUUUAUGUUUUGAAAUAUGUCCAAAACACAUAAAUAAAUUUAAUCAAUAUGUUAAUUCAAGUGAAAUGAAUAUUUAGAUUUAAGAUAAUGAUCUAUCUGAUAGUGAAUAAGACAAAAGAUAGAGUAUUGGAAAAGAAAAUAAAUAUAAAAUAGAAUUGGGAUUGAUUGAUUAAUUAUUAGAUUUUCAAUUAGGAGAUUCACCUAAUAUGUUUAGAUUAUUUGAUGAAUUAGGUAUAUUUGAAGAAAUAGAAGAAAAAGUUGAAACUAAAUUAUAAGAGGAAGUUAUUGAAGAGCCAGAAGUAGAAAUUGUUUAACCAAAAAAAUCAAGAAGAAAAACAUCAAAAAGAAAACCAAGAAAAUAUUGA